ACAUCAAAACAACCAAACCAAUCCAACAAUUAAAAAUUUAAAAAUAGAGAUAUCCGCACCGACUCAGAUUUAGAAAAUAAAAAAAAAAAAAGCUAAACUAUGGUAAAAUUAAUCCCGAGACUUAGUUCGCGUCGGAAUGGACGUAUUCGUUUACGUAAAAAUACACGUAAAAUCUCACAAGGAGUAAUUCAUAUUCAGGCCAGUUUACAGAAUACUAUAGUCACUGUUACAGAUGUACGAGGGCGCGUAGUUUCGUGGGCUUCUGCAGGUAGUGCCGGAUUCAAAGGAACUACAAGACGGACGCCGUUUGCUGCGCAAACGGCAGCAACAAAUGCUAUCCGUACAGCAAUAAACCAUGGUAUGCGUGAAGCAGACGUGUUAAUAAAAGGCCCUGGGCUUGGAAGAGACGCAGCAUUACGAGCGAUUCGUCGAAGUGGUAUACGAUUAGAGUUGAUACUGGAUGUCACUCCUAUGCCACACAAUGGCUGUAGACCUCCGAAAAAACGACGUGUAUAGAGAGAAAAAAAUCAUUUAUUACUCAAAACUCAAUAAAUCCUAGGAUGUGAUAAAAAAUCCCAGUUUCUAUUGCUGGGAUACUCAAAUGGAAAUGAAAACAGCUAGUAAAUGCUUUUCCUAUGGGCAACUUAAUGAAAGG